AUGGCCCAGAAGGCGAAGAUCCAACGCGUUACGGGCUCGGAGCACGUCCUCUUGCGGCCAGACAUGUAUGUCGGAUCCGUCUCUGCCGCAGAGACUUUCCUCUGGCUUUACGAGCCCGGUCAAGGUCUUUAUUACACCAAAGCAAAUAUAGUACCUGGGCUAUGUAAGAUCUUCGACGAAAUAAUUGUCAAUGCGUCUGACAACAAGCAGCGAGACUCCGAUAGGUCUGCAGAGCACAAGAUGACCUAUAUUAAGUGCAGUGUAGAUGUGGCCAGUGGGGCGAUCUCAGUUGAAAACGACGGCGUCGAGGGGUUGCUCCACUUUGACGAGAAGGAGAAGAUGUACCUUCCGACCCUUGCCUUUGGGAUUCUCAUGACGUCAAGCAAUUAUGACGAUACAGAGCAGAGGGUCACAGGCGGUCGCAAUGGGUAUGGGGCGAAGCUUACAAACAUCUUCUCAACAAAAUUUACGGUACUUCUGCAAGAAAAUGGCCAGGUCUUUGAGCAGACGUGGACAGAUAACAUGAAGAACACCAAGCCGCCACGCAUAGAGGACGUCAGGGACAAGAAGAAAAACUUUAUCAGAUUCAGCUUCACUCCUGAUUACAUGAAGUUUGGAAUGACGUCUGGACUUGACAGGGACCAUGCCGCCUACAUGAUGCGGCGGGCUGUAGACGUGGCCGGCUGCAACAUCGGGUUGAAGCUUAUCAUCAAUGGCACAGAGCUGAAAAUAGCAAACUUUGAACAAUACGCUCGAAUGGUAUAUAGAUCUAUCAAUCCGGAGAUCACGCAAUUCUACGAAACUAGUAAAGGUGACACUGCUCAGGUCAAUACCAAUGACUCUGACUCUGAUUUGGAUAUCAAGUCUGCUGCUAAGGCCAAACCAAAAACUAAGAGAACCAAGAAAACUAUAGAAACCAACAGCCUUCUGAUCCCCGUUGAUGAUCUCUCCAAACCAAGCGACUGGACGCAUGACUAUCUCAAAGUUAUACCCGUGAAUAAAUUCUGGGACAUAGGGCUAGGAUACACCGAUAGCGGGGAGCUGGUGCAGGUCUCCUUUGUCAAUAGCAUCAACACAACCGACGGAGGUACGCAUGUCGAUGCUAUACUAGAUCUUAUAAUGUCCCAGCUUAAUGACGUUUUGAUAAAGUCGUUCCAGCAGGACGCAAAGAACGCCAAAAAGCUUACAAGGCAGCAGCUAAAGUCGUGCUUGGUUCUGUUUAUCCGCUCUCUUGUCGUCAACCCGUCUUUUGAUUCUCAAACCAAAAUUAGUCUCAAAACAGAUAAAGCUGCGCUCCUCCGUAGCCUUGGAAGCACCCAAGCAGAGCUUGCGACCUUGGCGACACAGCUAGUGAAGCGUAUACAGGAGAUCAGGCCCCUUUGGAAUUCGCUUCGGCAAGCAUCUUAUAACCAGGCAGCAAAACUGUUGACGAAAACAGACGGGUCCAAAACAAGCCAGCUUCUCGGCAUCCCUAAGCUCGAUGACGCAAUCGCUGCUGGGACUCGAGAAUCGUCCAAAUGCACCUUGAUCUUGACCGAGGGAGACUCUGCCAAGGCCCUUGCUGUUGAUGGUAUUUCGAGCAUUGAGGAUGGUAAGAAGUAUUACGGCGUCUUCCCUCUUCGGGGCAAGGUCAUCAACGUGCGAAAUGAAUCAAUUGAUAAGGUAAGCAAUAACGCGGAGAUCACCAAUUUGAAGAAGAUCCUCGGAUUGAAGCAGGGAAUGGACUAUAGCACUCAGGAGGCCCGUAACACUUUACGAUAUGGCCACGUCAUGAUAAUGACAGAUCAAGACCCCGAUGGGUCGCACAUUAAAGGACUACUUAUAAACCUAUUUGAUACCUACUGGAAUGGUCUUGCAAGGAGCAACAAGUUUCUCGAUUUCUUCAUCACGCCAAUUGUGCGGUGCACGCAAGCCCGCAACAUGAAGACAUUCUAUACCAUUCCAGAGUACAAAAAGUGGACGCAGACAGUGACUGAUCUUCCAAAGUGGAACAUUAAUUACUACAAAGGGUUAGGAUCCAGCAACACGACCGAUGCCAAACAAUACUUCCAACAGAUAGCAAACAACAGAAAAACCCUUAUCUACAACCCAGAGUCUGCUUCAAAGCUGAAGCUGGCCUUCGACAAGAAGCUGGCAGACGACAGAAAGACCUGGAUAUCGGGCACAGAUCCAGACACAUAUCUUGAUCUCUCGCCCACAAAAAUCGACAUAACGGCGUUUGUUGACAAGGAGCUUGUACUUUACGAUAUCGAAUCUAAUCAACGUGCAAUUCCGUCGCUCAUGGAUGGGCUCAAACCUGGUCAGCGAAAAGUGCUGUAUGCAUGCUUUAAGAGAAACCUGAAGACGAAGCUGAAAGUCUCCCAGUUAUCCGGCUUUGUCUCGGACAAGGCGGCAUACCAUCACGGCGAGGCCUCGCUAAACGGAACCAUCGUCAACAUGGCGCAGAGCUUCACAGGCAGCAACAAUAUUGCCUUGCUCUACCCUGCAGGUAUUUUUGGGUCCCGCGCACGAGGUGGCAAGGACAGCUCUGCUCCUCGUUACAUUUCUACAUACUUGGAUCCUCUUGCAAGGUAUCUUUUCCCAGAACCGGAUGAUGCUAUUAUGCAGUAUAAGGAAGACGACGGAAAGGUUAUCGAGCCGUUUUACUAUGCUCCCAUCUUGCCUAUGGUUCUUAUCAAUGGCUCUGAUGGUAUCGGAACAGGGUUUAGCACAACAAUACCCCAAUUUGAUCCUUUAGAUAUGCUCCAUAGUAUAAGACUGCGGAUCUAUGGGAAGACAACCCGCCGCGAGAAGAGGACUCUCAAGCCGUUCUCGAAUGGCUGGAAAGGAACAAUGACCCAUGAAUACGAUAAGAGUGGCAAAUUUGUCCGCUGGAGAAUGACAGGGUGUUUUUCAGUGGUGGAUCUCAAGACAAUACAGAUAACGGACCUACCAAUCGGUGUGUGGACGGAGUCCUAUCGCGAAGAGAUAGAGACAUGGGUUAAGGGUAACGAAGACGCAGGGACCGCGAAGAAGCCAGCAACCAAGGUCUCUGCAACCACGAAGGGAAAAGCCAAACUAAAGGGAGCCUCUGGUGCUGCAAAGGAGAAGCCGGCCGCUAAGGACCAACUGUAUGACUCCGUUACUGGCUAUUACAAGGGCAUCCAUCCAGCCCUCAUGAAGGUCAUAGACAUGAGUGACAACAAUACUGUCAAUAUCAUCGUCACUCUUAGUGAUGAAUGCGCAAGAUACCUCAUUGGCACCUCUGAUGUAGACAUAGAGACCUGCAACACAGCGGGGACGGCAAGGUACGAUAACAUAGUGAAGGGCUUUAAACUCGAUGGAAGCAUUAGACCGUCGAACAUGUGGCUCUACAACGAAAGGAAUAUGCUAUGCCUUUAUCACACACCCUUCAAGAUCAUAGACGCCUUCUACGCUAAAAGAUUAGACUUGUACAGAGUGCGGAGGAACAAUCAGAUAAUUGACAUGGAUGAUAGAUCAUUAAUGCUAAAUGAAAAGGCGCGGUUCAUAAAGCUCAUCAUCGAGGAUAAGCUCAACAUAAAGAACGUGCCCCGCGAUUCCGUCACAGAGCUGUUAUGGGGCAAAUACCAGUUCCAUCCCUCUCGCAAGCAUCGUAUAAUUCUGCUCAGUCAUCGUAAUCUGAUCAAUAAAAGACAGGCACUAAAGAUUGAUGAGGACUCUGAGAGACCAGAGGAGGACGAUGAUGCAGACCAGCGAGAUCUAGAGAAGCACCUCGAGGCGACUGUGAAGGAUCUUAUCGGGCCCCAGUUCUUCGAUGCCAUUAAUAGCUGGAGCGGAUUCACUGUUCAGGAUAGAAACGAGUGCUACGAAUACCUCUUACGUAUGCCGAUUUCUACAAUGACUAAAGAGAGCUACAGAAAUCUGCUGUCUUCUGCCGAGCUAAUAAGAGCAGAGGCCGAAAAGCUCAGGAACACCACGGUGGAGAAUAUGUGGCUCAGAGACCUUGCAGCGUUCGAAGCAGCCUAUGAAGUGGAUCGCCACAUGGAGCAAACCAAGUCUGCAGAGACACGCCGGCUGACCGUCACAGAGACGAUGAUCCAGGGCAAGCUAGAGGAAUCUGAACGAAAAUACAAGGCCAUGGAUGACCGGGUCGGUGACUCAGACAAUGAGAUAGAGUACAGUACUACUAGAGACGAUCAAGGGCUCAAGAUAAAGGGGGAGCCAAAGCCAAAGAAAGAACAUGUGCCGAAAACAGCUCCUGCCUCCAAGGCAAAAGUACAAAAACCGGAAGAGGGGCUUGAAACCGCACCUACUGAACCGAAGAGGAAAAGACCGGCCGCAGCACCUGUUGACACCAAGAAGGCCUCUGCAAAGCGUGGGAAGAAGGAGGAGUCGUCCUUUACAGAGUCAGAAACUAGCGCCACAGAAUUAGACAGUUCUGUUCUGGAGGACGAUUAUUCUUAUGUCAGCUACACUUACGAUGAAGACGAUGAAAAUGGAGAAGAUGACCUUUAA